GGUACCUAUAAGUGUGCUACAUAGUGUAGUUCGUCGUUGGUCCAAGCUUUUUCUCCAACUGUCCUUUUCCCUGCGAACGCCAAGCCUUUGGCGCCUUGAUUGCUCACUGCACUUUCUAAUUCUUGUACCUUUUUUGGAUUGCUUCCUUCCAUCCCUUACCGGAUUUUACUGGGGAGGUCUUGACUGCUGGAGCUGACAUUGCAUUGUUCGUGUGCCCUUACUCCCGUCUUUGUCGUUGUCAUCUAUCCUUACGAAAGCUGCCCACGUACUCGGCUCGCGAUGCACCGGACCCCAGUGGCAGCUCAAUGAACGUCCGAGAUCCCUUCGAUCUACACCGAAACAGCAAUUCCGCCGCAUUCAACGUCCUCCGACUCACCGCAACCCAGGCAGCCGCCGGCAUCCGCGAGAAGGCCGUCGAGGUCGGCACCAAUGCGCUAGAGAAGGGCAGGCAAGCCGUCGAGGACAUGUCAUUCGCCGUGCCGAAGAACGUGCCGUCGUUUGCGAACCCGCAGAGAUUAGUCGAGGACCAGCUGUGGCCCUCUUCCGGCGCUACCGCUCGCUCUACCGGGGGACCCCGCGGCGGCCAGUCCGCCGGAGGACUGCUGGGAGGUGUGCAGAACAGGGUGGGCGGAAUCCUCAACCCCGACAGAAACGCCCUGCCCAUGUACAAGGACAAGCCGUACGCGUACGCGCCCUCCAAGCGGGCCCGCCCGCUGUACAGGAAGAAGAGGGUCCUGGGGCUGCUCACACUGCUUUGCCUGGUGUUCCUGUGGUAUUCAGGCACCUUCAGGGACCGCCACGAGAGGGCUGUUUCGUCCUUGUCCCGGUGGGGAUGGCUAAAGGCAGAGGAGGAAGCAGAAGCAAAGGGGGGCAAGGUGGACUGGUCAAAGAGAAGAGAACGGGUUGUCGAGGCCUUCGAGCUCAGUUGGGAUGCUUACGAGCGCUAUGCGUGGGGUCAAGACGAAUUCCACCCCAUACAAAAAACGGGGACAUAUAUGGCGCCGAAGGGCUUGGGGUGGAUUAUCAUUGAUUCAUUGGACACGCUAAUGUUAAUGAACCUUACAUCCCGACUGUCGCACGCAAGAGAAUGGAUUUCCCAAUCCCUGACCUGGGAUCAGGACCAGGACGUGAAUACGUUUGAGACUACCAUCCGGAUGCUGGGCGGCUUGCUGUCAGCACACUAUCUCUCAAACGAGUAUCCGGACCUCGCCCCGAUAGCUGACGAUAACCCCGGAGCGCCAGGAGAGGAUCUGUACCUGGAGAAGGCCACUGAUCUGGCAAACCGGCUGUUGUCGGCGUUUGAGUCGCCGUCGGGAGUGCCGUAUGCUAGCGUCAAUCUGGCCCAGUUCAAAGGCAUACCCUCACACGCCGACAUGGGCGCGUCGUCGACCGCGGAGACUACCACGUUGCAGCUGGAGCUCAAGUACCUUGCGAAACUUACGGGCGAGAAGCUCUUCUGGGACAAAGCGGAGAAGGUGAUGCAGGUGGUUGACGACAACGGUGCCAAGGACGGCUUGGUUCCCAUCUACAUAUAUGCCACGGACGGGAAAUUCAGGGGGAAUAACAUCCGACUAGGCAGCCGCGGUGAUUCUUACUACGAGUAUCUCAUCAAGCAGUAUUUCCAAACAAACGAGAAGGAGCCGGUGUACAAGGAAAUGUGGCACGAAGCCCUUGAUGGGGUCAGGAAGCACCUCGUCACGUAUACCGAGCCAUCCCGCUUUACCAUCAUCGGUGAGCGGCCAAGUGGCUUGGACUAUGAGCUGUCGCCGAAGAUGGACCACCUGGUCUGCUUCAUGCCCGGCUCGAUUGCGCUGGGGGCCACGGGCGGCCUGCCCGAGAAGGAGGCCAGGAAGCUCCCAACCUGGACCAAGCGGAAUGACGCAGACAUGCAACUCGCGCGGGAGCUGAUGCACACGUGCUGGGGCAUGUACAAGUACAUGGCGACUGGGCUUGCGGCUGAGAUCACUUAUUUCAACAUUGGCAAUCCGCCACUGGCCGAAUCCGCCCCACACUCGGCUCCUGCCGACUUCGACCCGGACCCCUACGCGCAAUGGCGGCAGGAUUUCGACGUCAAGCCCAUGGACAGCCAUAACCUGCAACGGCCGGAGACGGUCGAGAGCCUGUUUUACAUGUGGCGGAUCACGGGGGAGACAAAGUAUCGCGAGUGGGGCUGGGAGAUGUUCAAGAGCUUCAUGAAGCACACCGCCGUCGACAACGGGGGCGGGUUCACCUCGCUAUCCAACGCCAACAUCGUCCCGCCGAUGCCCAGGGAUAACAUGGAGAGCUUCUGGCUCGCGGAGACGCUCAAGUACUUCUACCUGCUGUUCUCCCCUGACGACCUGCUCCCGCUCGACAAGGUCGUCAUCAACACCGAGGCACAUCCGUUCCCGAGGUUCGAUAUGGGCCAGUUGUUCUCCACGGGGUGGAAGCGGAAACCCAGGGACAAGGACGGAAAUAUCGUUGCCGAGGGUUGAGAAGAACCCCCGGUAUAUCACGUGAGGGGGUCUUCCGGAUUGCAUUGAUGGUCCAAGAAAGCAUCGUCAAGCCUCGGCUAUCGUUUUACUUGGUUGAAAAAUGGCGGGAGUCAGGCUGCUUCUUUGUAUACAACACGUAAACGACAGCUUGGGACGCCGAGCUCGAGAUUGGACAUGAGUUGGAGUUUCAACUGAAUCUCAAGGAGCUAGUUCAAGGGACGGAAAGAUUAGGUAAUAUGCAACGGUGGGAUGCCGUCUACCUACAGAAGGGCUAAAGAACCAGCUCGAGAAAUUGGAAUUGGAAGUUGAAGCAAACUGCAUGAUCCGCUCUCAU